GUCGGAGAUAGUCUCCUUCAGGCUUUCACUCGACCAGCUGUGUGACCCUGUGUAUGUCAAACGAAAAUAGAGAACCAGUGCUCAGUUAAGCGCUUUGCUAGUCCUCAAAUACCCUUGCAACGUUUCCUUCUUUCCCACUAUAACGUUCCCACUUUUCUAAUCAUGCGUAUUGCUUUUGUUUCUAUUCUCUUGCUUGCUGGUCAAGCCCUUUCUUUAUCUAUCAAUGUUGGUGGUUCUCUCGGAACUAUCGAUGCGACCCAAUUUCUCAACGUCACCGAUACAUACCUUUUGACCGACUGUCAGACCCAAUGCUCCAACGCAAACGCUCAAAUCACUACAUGCGCAGCCAAUGAUUCUUGUCUCUGCGCAUCCAACACAGUCACCGCUAUCACUUCCUGCGAGCAAUGCAUGUUCACCGACUUGAUCGCAAAGUUCGCAACUAGCACCGACCCCCGCGCUGGUUCAACCGCUGCUCUUACUGCAUACGCCACCGCGUGCUCAUCUGCAGGCUUCACAGUCCCUUCUUCCCUUGUUACCUUGUCCGUUCCUUCCAAUUGGGAUGGUCCUUUCGGAGUUUCCCUGGGCACAGCCUCCACCGCCUUGAUCGUUGCCGUUACUGCAGUCCUGGGUGGAGGCAGUCUUCUCCUGUUGUCUAAUUUGUGAAGGAAGCACGACAUCAGUCUCGUCUUGUAACAAUGAUGUCUUAUUUUGUUAUAUAUAACAAUACGUUACACCUGUCGUUUCACCAAAUGAAUGAACU